GUUCCUCCAUAAUCAUGGCAAGGACAAUAGAUAUUGUAUCUGCAGCCACAAAGAGAAGCUCUUUCUUCAGGCCCCUGAAGCCAGUGUUUUACCACCAUCCCUCACUCGCCUGGUGACGCCUGUGACCGCUGGAGAAAGAAGGCAGGACCAGAGUCAGUAGGGGCUGAGCUGUGAGGUGUUGGUGGAAGCAGAGGAGCUUUCACAUACGGAUGAAAUCAGCGCAGGGAGGCUUAUUUUACUGUACCAGUACCUUGUAGGCAGCACUGUACAUUACUGGUUGGCAUUGGGAUCUUUCUUGUUGUGGAGUACAGGAUCAGAAGCAGCAAAUGUUUCCGGUCAGGCAGCCUUGGCUUUGCAAAGCCUUAGGUUGUUAUGAUUGCUGUAUCCGGUGCAUUGGGGCAGUGCCCUACCCAUCCCUGGUGGCCACCUUGCUGUGCUAUGCUGGCAUGGCAUUAUUUUGUGGCUGUGGGCACGAAGCAUUGACGCAGACCGAAGUCCUGGUCGAGACUUACUUCGCCCGCCAGGUUCAGGACUUUGUUGUCAUGGCCUCCUUUAUAAAAUACUUCCAGUACGUGAUCUAUGGCCUGGCGUCAUUUUUCUUCCUCUAUGGUAUCCUGCUGCUGGCUGAGGGUUUCUACACCACGAGCGCUGUCAAGCAGACCUUUGGUGAAUUCAGGAGCACCCAAUGUGGCCGCUGCCUCAGCCUGACGUUUAUCAUAGUGACGUACAUCUUGGCCUUCAUCUGGCUGGCAGUGUUUGCCUGCACUGCUAUCCCAGUCUUCUUCUUGUUCAACAUGGAGCAGACCUGCCACAACAUCAACAUUCUGGCUGAAACAACCCCCAGCAUUAAUCAGCAUGGCUGGAUUUGCAUGGACGCCAGGCAGUAUGGUCUGCUCCCUUGGAAUGCAAUGCCAGGCAAGGCUUGUGGAAUGACCUUGGCAUCUAUUUGCAAAACCAGCGAAUUCUACGUCACCUAUGACUUGUACAUAGCUGCAUUUGCUGGUGCCGGGAUCACUCUCUUAGCACUGUUUCUGUACAUGGUUGCCGCAACCUACAACUACGCAGUCUUGCGGUUCCUGGGCAGGAAAGGGAUCCGCUAAGUUCACCACCUUCAUCCCAGUCAACCCCAUCCUCUGUCCUCAGAUGGACAGUCAACACAUGCAGCACUAGAUUUCCAUUCAUCCUCUGGGAACCAGAAACUUCCAAACCUGGAUGACCUGCUAUAGUAUUUCUAAUAACAGACAAAUGUUUCUCAUCACUUUUUUCUAUGAACAACAGACAGAGAGAUGAAGUUAAUUCACACCCAGCAGUGAGCUCUGGUCUCUUCCUCAUGUCCUCCCUUCAGAUGAUUCUCUUAGCUUUGUUGUUCAUUUUCCUCUUGCAGGUUGUAUCCCUCAUUUUAUCCUUUUUGUGAAGCUUCAUUGGUGCUGAUGCUGUUGUCAGAUUGUGAUGUAUGACGUUUCAUGAAUAAUUAAGAGCAAUGACAGCUCACCUCGCAAAUCAUAACUGCAUUCCCUCCGCUCAGUGUUUACUGAUGCAUAUAUUGGUUCUGAAUAUGAUAUUGCUGCUGCCUCAUUAUCACCAUCUUGUGUAUCAGCAGCGUGUGAACUAAAGCAAGUCAAACUGAAUGUACCAAAGUUCUCUGCAAGGGUUAGGGCUGUCCUCCCAGCAAGCUUUGUGCUUUCACUUACAACACAUGCACUUUGCAUUCACUCUUAAUGCAUUUUUGCUUUGUUUAAAUGUCAUUGUGUAGGAGGGAAACAAAGACCUGUAUCCAUUUCCCUGGAGUUUUUCUCUCCUUUUUUUGGUUACUGCUUAAAAUAAGCUGUUUUUAUGUUACUGAAGUGUUGAUGCCUCCAGGUGACUCGAGUUUGAUGUGUAGCCCUGCUUCUGGGUUGUGUAGUGUGUGUGCUCAUUUGAAAUUAAGGCUGAUUAAACCAUUAACAUCUGAGGCAGUAAUUUGUUUUAUUUUAACCAUAUACAGUAUGUGGCAAUAAACAUAUUUCAUGUUGUUUGUACUUCAUUUAAAAAUCUCCUCCAGACAUGUAUUCCAACAUAUACAAAUAGUCUGCUUGAAACAAUAAUGUGUCUGAUAUGUUUUUUUCUGCAAAAAAAAAAGAAAAGCAUAAUUUUGAAAUAUUAAAAUCUUUAAAAAGGCA